GUUACAGCAAUCAGAACCAAAAUCGACCUGGGUUUUGAUCAUCUUUCUCUUCUGGUUUAUGGUAUUUAUCUAAGCUUGUUGGGAUUGAAUUGAGGUUUCUGUCAUGGGAUUUUUAGUUUGUUUUUAACUUGUUCUUGGUGGGUUUACUUUAAUUUUUCGUGGUACGGUGUAAAGGUGUUUAGUUUUGGUUCCUUUUCAACCUUUUUCCUGAGGGCGUCAACUCAAAGUCCAAGUUGCAAAAUUUUCAAGAUUUUAUUGGUAGGUCUCAACUCUCAAUUCUUUGCUGAACUGGAGGACAUGGAUUUCAAGUGAAGUUUAGAUUUGAGAAAUUGGAUUUAAAUCACUUCGUGUAACAUCAAAUUGGUGUGCUUUUAGAGUUUCGAAGCUCCGAUUUAUUGGUUGCUUUUUUGCGUAUCAAAAUCUAAAGUACUCAGAAAUUGAAAAUUGGGUUUUUGGCUAAAGCUUGAGAAUCAUAUUGAAUUGAGCAUGGAAAUGACUUCAAGAGGAGAGAUUGAUGAAGGUGACAGCAGCAAAGGUAGCAUGUGGGUUUUGGAUCAGAGGCUCGAUCAGUCUAUGGAUGAGGAGGCCGGAAGGCUUAGAAACAUGUAUAGAGAGAAGAAAUUCUCUACAAUAUUGCUACUCCGCCUUGCAUUCCAGAGUCUUGGAGUGGUUUAUGGUGACUUGGGCACUUCCCCCUUGUAUGUUUUCUACAAUACAUUUCCCAAUGGAAUAAAAGAUUCGGAGGAUGUUGUUGGAGCUCUUUCCUUGAUUAUAUAUUCCCUUACACUUGUCCCGCUCCUAAAGUAUGUUUUUAUCGUGUGUAGAGCAAAUGACAAUGGUCAAGGUGGAACAUUUGCUCUAUAUUCGUUGCUUUGUCGACAUGCAAAAAUAAAAACUAUUCCAAAUCAACACCGGACUGAUGAGGAUCUAACAACUUAUAGUCGUUCUACUUUUCAUGAGAAAUCCUUUGCUGCAAAGACCAAGAGAUGGUUGGAGAGACAUGCAUCUAGGAAGAAUGCACUUCUUAUUCUUGUCCUUGUUGGCACAUGCAUGGUGAUUGGGGAUGGGAUUCUCACUCCGGCAAUAUCAGUUCUUUCAGCCGCUGGAGGCAUCAAAGUAGACCACCCUAGUGUCAAUAAUGGUGUAGUUGUGGUUGUUGCUGUUGUGAUAUUAGUGGGUUUGUUUAGUAUGCAACACUAUGGUACAGAUAAAGUUGGCUGGCUCUUUGCCCCAGUUGUGCUCCUCUGGUUUCUCUUAAUUGGAGGCAUUGGCAUAUUCAAUAUUUGUAAAUAUGAUAGCAGUGUUUUAAAAGCCUUUUCGCCUGUAUAUAUAUAUCGCUAUUUGGGUAGGGGAGGGAAAGACAAUUGGACCUCUCUUGGAGGCAUUAUGCUUAGCAUAACAGGGACUGAGGCUCUUUUUGCCGAUCUAGCCCAUUUUCCUGUUGCAGCUGUACAGAUUGCUUUUACUGUGGUUGUAUUUCCUUGUCUUCUUUCAGCAUAUUGUGGACAAGCUGCAUACCUCAUAAGUAAUAAGGAUCAUGUGGUUAAUGCAUUUUAUCAUUCUAUUCCAGAUAGCAUUUAUUGGCCAGUUUUUAUUGUUGCGACUGCAGCUGCUAUAGUUGCAAGUCAGGCUACCAUUUCUGCAACUUUUUCGAUAAUCAAGCAAGCACUUGCUCUUGGUUGUUUUCCAAGGGUGAAGGUUGUACAUACAUCUAAGAAGUUCCUUGGCCAGAUAUACGUUCCUGAUAUUAAUUGGAUCCUUAUGCUUCUUUGCAUUGCUGUGACUGCUGGAUUCAAGAAUCAAAGCCAAAUUGGAAAUGCUUAUGGGACAGCGGUGGUUAUAGUUAUGCUGGUAACCACAAUGCUUAUGAUUCUAAUCAUGAUUUUAGUCUGGCGCUGCCAUUGGAUUCUUGUCCUGCUUUUUACUGGUUUGUCGCUGGUGGUGGAGUUUACCUACUUUUCUGCCAUGCUUUUCAAGGUUGAUCAAGGUGGAUGGGUACCCCUUGUGAUUGCAGCAGCCUUUCUUAUCAUCAUGUACAUUUGGCAUUAUGGUACAGUUAAGCGAUAUGAGUUUGAGAUGCACAGUAAGGUAUCGAUGGCAUGGAUUCUAGGGCUUGGCCCUAGCUUAGGACUGGUCCGUGUUCCUGGAAUUGGACUGGUGUAUACUGAGCUAGCUAAUGGUGUUCCCCACAUCUUUUCCCACUUCAUCACCAAUCUGCCUGCGAUCCAUUCUGUUGUUGUUUUUGUCUGUGUGAAGUAUCUUCCUGUCUACACAGUCCCAGAAGAAGAGAGGUUCCUUGUAAAGCGUAUUGGACCCAAGAGUUUCCACAUGUUUCGAUGUGUUGCUAGGUAUGGCUACAAAGACCUCCAUAAGAAAGAUGAUGAUUUUGAGAAAAAGCUCUUUGAUAGCCUUUUUUUGUUUGUCCGGCUCGAGUCAAUGAUGGAAGGGUGUUCAGAUUCUGAUGAAUACAGUUUUUAUGGCCAGCAAACCCAGCAGUCCAGAGAUGCUCUACUGAAUAAUAAUGGAAACACAGCUUGCUCCGACAUUGACCUUACAAUUUCAUCUGUGGAUUCAAUUGUGCCAGUGAAAUCCCCUACGCAUGCACAUAACACCAUCCAAUCAUCCGGUCAGGGGAGCAACCCGACCGAGGCUGAUGAGCUAGAAUUUUUGAAUAGUUGUAGGGAUGCUGGGGUGGUGCACAUUAUGGGUAACACAGUGGUGAGGGCAAGGAGGGAGUCAAGGUUCUACAGGAAGAUAGCCAUUGAUUAUGUAUAUGCUUUUCUUAGGAAGAUAUGUAGGGAGAAUAGUGUGAUUUUCAAUGUUCCCCAUGAGAGUCUCUUGAAUGUUGGGCAAGUAUUUUUUGUAUAAACCUAUUGUGACUUUGUCCUCUUGUUGUCCAGUUGUCUUUUGGCAAUGGUAAAAAUUAUGUCCCUUCUUUAUCUAUGAAGAUCCUCCCAGUUCUUUUCUUUCUUUCAUGUUCCCUAAUUUUGCAGUGUAAAUAAUAUAAGAUAAAACUGUUU